CGUAGCAACCAGACACAAAGAGCAAGCAGCGAAGGAGAAUCGAUUUGGUUGUCGUACAACGUCGUUGAACGUUCUCGAAGCCAAUUACCUCACGUGAAUAAAAUACGUUACUAGACUUUUGAGUAUUGUAUUUGUGAUUAAAUUCGAAUAAAAAGAAUCAGCAAAAUGUCUCUUGUUCCACUGUUGUUCUCUGACUGGUGGGAGGACCUGGAGCGACCACAUCGCCUCGUCGAUCAGAACUUUGGCCUCGGCCUCCACCGGGACCAGCUUUUAGACCCAGAUUUUCUGGACCGCUACAUUGCCCCCAGAGUCGAAAGACGAUCCAGAAAUCCGUCGAUGAUCUACUUGAGGCCCUGGGGAGAAUUGCUCCGCAAAGGCGAGGGUGGUUCUUCGACUGUCAAGGCCGACAAGGAUCAGUUCCAGGUGUCCCUGGAUGUGCAGCAGUGUCCUCCGCCAGCGAUGAAGUUUCUCCAGGUACUGCAGCUUCCUUCUCCGUCGGGGAUGUCCUCAGAGCCUGCAAUGGUCCAGGGAGAUGAUUGGCGGAACCCAGCAGACCACCGACUGCGAUUCCUGUCAAAAAUUCUGACGAUGUCACUGUGGCCGUUGCUGUUCUCUGCCUGGUGGGCCGGCUUGGACCAGCCCCACAUGCUAAUGGACCAAAAUUUCGGAUUGGACCUCAGUCCUGAGGAUCUAAGACCUCCAACAUGGCCUGACAAAUGGGCUGGACCGUGGCCUGAUCUUUUGGAAAGAGAAAGAAGUGGUACAUCGAUAAUCACAGCCAAUAAACACACUUUUAAAGUCAUCCUUGACGUACAACAUUUUAAGCCAGAGGAAAUUAAGGUAAAGACCGUGAACAGGUUCGUCAUCAUCGAGGCAAAACACGAGGAGAAGAAAGAUAAACAUGGUCUGAUUUCAAGACAAUUCGUGAGAAAGUACUUCGUUCCGGUACAGGUGGACAUUGAUCAACUGAGGUCCAGUAUCUCCUCGGAUGGCGUUUUGACUAUUACGGCUCCUGUAAAGAAACUUCCUGAGAAAACUGGAAAACUUGCAAUUUCAGGAAGCGUGGAAAAACCGAAGGAAACUUCAACUGAUAAGGCCGAUGAGCUGGGAAAAGAAAAGGUGAUUAACGUGGAGCAAACUGGAAAACCUGCGAAUGGAGAAAGAACGGAAAACCCGAAGGAAGCGUCAACUGAUAAGACCCAUAAUACAGAAAAAGAAAAGGUGGCCAAUGCCGAGAAAACUGGAAAACCUGUGAUUUCAGAAAUUGCGAAAAUCCCUGAGGAAAGUUCAAUUGAUAAAACGGAUAAGACAGGAAAAGAAAAGGUGGCCAAUGCCGAGCAAACUGGAAAACCUGUGAUUCCAGAAAGUACGGAAAACCCUAAGGAAACUUCAAUUGAUAAUACCGAUAAGACGGAAAAAGAAGAGGCGAAUAAGGUCCAGCAAAAUGGAAAACCUGCUAUUCAAGAAAGAGCUGAAAAACCUAAGGAAACUUCAAUUGAUAAGAAUGAUAAGACGGAAAAAGAAAAUGUGAAUAAUGUUGACCAGACUGGAAAACCUGCGAUUCAAGAAAAUGUUGAAAAACCUAAGGAAACUUCAAUUGAUAAGAUCGACAAGACGGAUGAAGAAAAUGUGAAUGACGUUCACCAAACUGGAAAAUCUGCGAUUCAAGAAAAACCUAAGGGAACUUCGAUUAAUAAGAUCGACAAGACGGAAAAAGAAAAUGUGAAUAACGUUGACCAAACUGGAAAACCUGCGAUUCAAGAAAAGCCUAAGGGAACUUCAAUUGAUCAGACCGACAAGACGGAAAAAGAAAAUGUGAAUAACGCUGACCAAACUGACAAGUCUGCGAUUCAAGAAAGUGCCGGAAAAUCUAAGGAAACUUCAAAUUAAAGACCGAUAAGACGGAAAAGUGAUGACCAAAGUUGAGCAACCUGGAAAACCUGCAAUUUGAGAAAGUGCAGAAACCCUUAAAGAAAUUUCAACUGGCGAGACCGAUAAGAUGGAACAGGAAAAGAUGAUGAAGGUCGAGCAAACUUGAAAACGUGUAAUUCAGAAAAGUGCCGAAGGAAGGAGAGAAGCGUGACACACAAAACCGGAAAAAGUAAUUUGUUCGAAUGUCUGAUAAAUUAGUGCGCUAAUCAAUUUUUGCUUUGU